CCAGCAAAACCCACGCGUCAGCUUAUCAUAUUUCCGAUCAUCCGAUAAAAAGGAAAAUAUAUUCAUUUCUUCACAUACUCGCUAUUUCUCUCGCUGGAAAGUCGAAGAUGUUCUUAACGAUGACGUUUCGGUGGUUCUUCGUUUUCUCAGUCUCCAUCGCCGUCGCCGCUAUCGACGACGACCUGAUUCCUUCCACUCUCGACGGGCCUUUCGAACCCGUAACCGUCCCCUACGAUGUCAGCUUGCGCGGUAACGCUGUCGAUUUGCCCGACACCGAUCCCCGUGUGCGCCGCUGCGUCGAAGGAUUCGAGCCCGAGCAGAUUUCGGUCUCUCUCUCCGUCAAUUAUGACUCUGUUUGGAUCUCAUGGAUCACCGGGGAAUUCCAAAUUGGUAAUAACAUAAAGCCACUGAACCCCAAUACUGUUGCAAGUGUGGUUCGUUAUGGGAGGUCAAGGGUUCCAUUAACUGAUGAAGCCAGUGGUUAUUCUUUGGUGUACAACCAACUUUAUCCCUUUGAAGGUCUCCAGAAUUACACUUCUGGAAUCAUCCACCAUGUUCGUCUAACAGGACUGAAACCCAGCACACUCUAUUAUUAUCGAUGUGGAGAUCCCUCAAUAUCAGCCAUGAGUGGUAUCUACCAUUUCAGGGCCAUGCCAGUUUCUGGUCCCAGGAGCUAUCCAAACAGAAUAGCAGUUGUGGGAGAUCUUGGACUAACAUAUAAUACAACUGAUACUAUCCAUAAUUUGAAAAGCAACAAGCCUGAUCUAGUUCUAUUAGUUGGUGACGUAAGUUAUGCAAACCUUUACCGCACAAAUGGUACUGGCUCUGACUGCUAUGAUUGCUCAUUUCCGGAGACUCCAAUACAUGAGACCUAUCAGCCUCGUUGGGAUUACUGGGGCAGGUUUAUGCAGAGUUUAAUUUCUAGAACUCCAAUAAUGGUGAUAGAAGGGAACCAUGAAAUAGAGGAGCAAGCUGGGAAACAGAGCUUUGUAGCUUACAGAUCGCGAUUUGCAUUCCCUUCUGAAGAAAGCAAAUCUUCAUCCCCAUUUUACUAUUCCUUUAAUGCAGGGGGGAUACAUUUUAUCAUGCUUGGAGCAUAUGUUGAUUAUAGUAAAUCAGCAAAGCAAUACAAGUGGCUGGAGAGAGACUUAGCUAAUGUUGAUAGAUCCAUGACACCAUGGCUGGUAGCUGCCUGGCACCCACCAUGGUACAAUACAUAUACUGCUCAUUAUAAAGAGGCAGAAUGUAUGAGGCUGGAAAUGGAAGAAUUACUGUAUAGUUAUGGUGUUGAUAUAGUCUUUAAUGGACAUGUUCAUGCCUAUGAGAGGUCCAAUCGAGUUUACAAUUAUACAUUAGAUCCAUGUGGACCAGUACAUAUCACAGUAGGAGAUGGGGGAAACCGUGAAAAAAUGGCAAUUGAACAUGCUGAUGAAGCUGCUAACUGUCCAGAGCCAUCAUCUACCCAUGACGAAGAUAUGGGUGGCUUUUGUGCAACAAACUUCACUAGCGGUCCAGCAGCAGGAAAGUUCUGUUGGGACCAGCAACCUGAUUACAGUGCCUUCAGAGAGAGUAGCUUUGGUCAUGGGAUCUUGGAGGUGAAGAAUGAGACUUGGGCUCUAUGGACAUGGUAUCGGAACCAGGAUUCAAGUGGUAAGGUCGGCGAUCAAGUUUACAUAGUGAGGCAACCUGAGCUGUGUCUUGGCAGUAUCAAACUCCCAAAAAGUUCAUUUGCAGACAGUUGAGUGACACUACAAAGGAAUUUAAUGUUCCCUUGUAGGGCUUUAAGGAAGAUCCAGGUAUUUUCAAGCAUAUAUGAAAUGAGGGAAUAAUGCUACAGCUAUAGUUAUAUGCGAUACAGCUGAUGGAAUGUAAAAAAAGAGAAAUAAGAUCAUGAUAAUAUAACUUGCAGUUUUCUCAUGCAGAA